UGGCUGAAGCUGAUUCUGCUGGUGACUCGGACUGGCUGUGGAUCAACGCUGGAUAACACACUGGAUUUUCAGGAUGAAGUGGGAAUCCAUGUUCCUGAUUUUAGUAUUAUUCUCUGGCUGGUGUUUCCAUCUUGUUACUGGUGACACUGUGGCCUCAGAUGAAGAAUCUGAUGCUGGUCAGCAUGAGGAUGUUCAUUUUAAAACUGUGUCAGAGAGGAAGACGAAUGUGUUGGACAUGAAUAGCCGGACAAGUAGGGACAUACCAGACACAAGACUGGAUACAAACUGGAACAUGCCAGAUACGAACAACGGCAACUAUGAGGAUGCAGACUGGCAUCCUUCUACCUCGAUGCUGGAAACUCAUUCUGACCUUAACCCUAGUAGCCCACGGGCCACUGGUACUACCACCCUGCGUGGUGGUAAUGCUGGUGUUGAUCAUGCUUCCAGUCAAAAUUUGAACCACACCAGUGGCAGGUCACCUGCACAGUGCGGUGAGUACAGCAGCCGGGUGACAUCCGGUGGCCAGUGCCGUCUGACAGCAACGCUGCCGCCUGUGGGAACAACAGAAAAGUAUUGCCCAGAUAUGUUUCGCUGCACAGACGACAUUUCCUUUUGGCUUCAUGAGAACCAGAACAGAAAGGAGCAGCUGGAGGAGCUGAGGGAGACGAUGUCAGAGUUGCAGGAGGAGCUGUGGAACCACCGGCAUCGUGUCAAAGUCCUGGAGAUGCAGGUAGAAUAG